AUGGCGUCCUGGUCCCGCUUAGUCCGCUUUCAGGCUGCUGACGGCGCCGAAAGGUUGGGCGACUUACUUGUUGAAGAUGAGCAAGACUUGGCCAACAAGUUGCAAAACAACGACUUGCAAGCAGUUGAGCUGCAAGGUGCAAAUCUAUUUGGACCUCUCACUCGAGGCAAUGCGGUGGGAGUACAGAAGCUGCUGCCGGUGCUCCGCAAAUCCGACGUGCCUAUUAUUAGAUGCAUCGGCCUCAACUACAUGAAACACAUCCAAGAGGGCGGCCGCAAUCCGCCUCCAUACCCGUCUGUUUUCAUCAAGCCAAACACUUGCCUGGCUGGCUUUUCGGAAGACAUACCAAUCCCUGAGAUUGCCCAAGAGGGCACUCUGGACUAUGAGGGCGAAUUGGCUAUUGUGAUUGGCAAAGAGGGCCGAAACAUCAGCAAAGAGGCUGCCUUGGAACACGUUGCCGGGUACUGCACAUCGAACGAUGUGUCCAACAGGGCUUGGCAAAGAGACCCUGCCAAGGCUGGCGGUGUACCGCAGUGGUGCUUCAGCAAGGGGUUUGACAAGUUUGCUCCCCUGGGGCCGAUGGUUGUUAGCCCCUCUGUUGUCGGCAAUGCAUCUGGCUUGCAGCUGCAGACAUUGGUCAACGGCGAGGAGCGCCAGAACAGCCCGACGAAUGACCUUCUCUUUGGGGUCGAGGAUCUCGUCUCGUUCUGCAGUCAGGGCACAACCCUCGAGGUAGGCACAGUAAUACUGACAGGAACUCCAUCCGGAGUGGCCAUGGGUAUGAAGGAGCCCAACUAUCUGAAGAAUGGCGAUGUUGUCGAAGUCAAGAUCAGUCAGCUUGGGAGCGUAAAGAAUACUAUGGUAUUCGAGAAGUAG